CAAAAAAACAAGAAGAAGGAAGUUAUCACAAUAUGGGUCAAGCUCUCAAUACCGCAAAAGGUAAAGGAGAGGUAGACGCGAAAGACUUGGAAGCUAUGGCUGAAAAUUGCUACCGCAAACGCUUAGAAGAAAAAAAUGACGAUCAAGAAUGGUCCUUUGGCGACUUCUACCGCAUUGUGGCUGAAGCAGUCGAGGAAAUUAACAGAAGACUCGGUGGCACUCAACUUAAGGUGCCAAGUGUUGAGAAACUACAACAAGCUUAUGAGAUACACAAUCUCGGGCAGGGGAAGAAGCUAUCGAAGGACGAGUUUCAGAAGCUUCUUCAAGAGGUUUUAAUCGGAGUUGGGUUCACCGGCGUCGGAGGAGUAAAGGAAUUUCUACUUUUCAUCUUCGGAGUUCCUGCGAUCGCCGUCUUCAUUAAGAACCGUAUAGCUCCGACGUCCGUUCCCAACGACUUGUUUAUCCCCGCCAUCACUUCCGCCACCGUCUUCCUCCUCGCCAAGCUCAAUAAGAUAUGAAGUCUCUACUAAUUGUUUGAUCCUUUCGAGCUUUGCUUUGUUUGCUAAAUUUGUAUUGGUGAUUUGAUUAUAUGUGUUUGAUACACGGAGAAGCUUAAAGUUUCACUCUUUGAGUUCAUUUACUAGAUUGAUGAAAAGGAAAAAAAAAUGAACUUAUGUUGUUCGACAGAAUGCCUCAACGAGUUUAACUCUGUUUUUUUCAGUGAUUUUAACUAACGAACUUAUUCGUCUAAAUUGGUCCAUAUUUUAAAAUAUGAAAUAAAUGUCUUUGUGCUAGAGGGAAGCAAGGAGAUGCUAAAUAUAGAGAAUUCGAGGGUCUUGCUUGUUUCUCUAAAUUUCAAGGCUUUCAUUGGUUUGAGGAUAUGAACGAGUCCUUUCUUUGAAUGACAAAAUUAGUUUCUAAAACUGAUAAGAAAAGAUG